AUGCGCUGUCCUAGCGAGGCAUGCGAUGGGUUGGCCGACGGGAUACGCCCUGUGGCGCAUGGGGAGAAGGGAGGAAGGCAGAGAGGGGAAAAGGGGAAGAAGGGAGUUAAGGCAGAGAGGGAAAAGGGGAAAGAAGGGACGUUGUCGACCUCGCUUUCCCCGUGCGUCGAUCUCGCAUCCACCGUCCGUCGCCCUAGCUUCCUCCUUCCAUCGCCGUCGCUUCCCCCUCCCAUCGCCCUCGCUUCCCCCUCCCAUCGCCCUCACUUCCCCCUCCCGACGCCCUCACAUCCCCCUCCCGUCGCCCUCGCUUCCCCCUCCCAUCGCCCUCGCUUCCCCCUCCCGUCGCCCUUGCUUCACCCUCCCAUCGCCCUCGCUUCCCCUCCCAUCACCCUCGCUUCCCCCUCCCAUCGUCCGCGCUUCCCCCUCCCGUCACCCUCGCGUCCCCCUCUCAUCGCCCUCGCUUCCCCCUCCCAUCGCGCUCGCUUCCCCCUCCCAUCGCCCUCACUUCCCCCUCCCAUCACCCUCGCUUCCCCCUCCCAUCGCCCUCGCUUCCCCCUCCCAUCGCGCUCGCUUCCCCCUUCCAUCACCCUCGCUUCCCCCUCCCAUCGCGCUCGCUUCCCCCUCCCAUCGCCCUCGCUUCCCCCUCCCAUCACCCUCGCUUCCCCCUCCCAUCGCCCUCGCUUCCCCCUCCCAUCACCCUCGCUUCCCCCUCCCAUCACCCUCGCUUCCCCCUCCCAUCGCCCUCGCUUCCCCCUCCCAUCGCCCUCGCUUCCCACUCGCUUCCCCCUCCUAUCGCCCUCGCUUCCCCCUCCCAUCACCCUCGCUUCCCCCUCCCAUCGCCCUCGCUUCCCCCUCCUAUCACCCUCGCUUCCCCCUCCCAUCACCCUCGCUUCCCCCUCCCAUCGCCCUCGCUUCCCCCUCCCAUCGCCCUCGCUUCCCACUCACUUCCCCCUCCCAUCGCCCUCUCUUCCCCCUCCCAUCGCCCUUGCUUCCCCCUCCCAUCGCCCUCGCUUCAACCUCCCAUCGCCCUCUCUUGCCCCUCCCACCGCCCUCGCUUCCCCCUCCCAUCGCCCUCUCUUCCCCCUCCUAUCGUCCUCGCUUCCCCCUCCCAUCGCCCUCGCUUCAACCUCCCAUCGCCCUCUCUUCCCCCUCCCAUCGCCCUCGCUUCCCCCUCCCAUCGCCCUCUCUUCCCCUCCCAUCGCCCUCGCUUCCCCCUCCCAUCGCCCUCUCUUCCCCCUCCCAUCGCCCUCGCUUCCCCCUCCCAUCUUCCUCUCUUCCCCCUCCCAUCGCCCUUUCUUCCCCCUCCCAUCGCCCUCUCUUCUCUUCCCCCUCCCAUCGCCCUCUCUUCUCUUCCCCUUCCAUCGCCCUCGCUUCCCCCUCCCAUCGCCCUCGCUUCCCCCUCCCAUCGCCCUCCUGCUCAUUCUCUUCCCCGGCUCACUCCUACUCAUUCUCUUCCUCUGCUCACUCCUGCUCAUUCUCUUCCCCUGCUCACUCCUGCUCAUUCUCUUCCCCGGCUCACUCCCGCUCAUUCUCUUCCCCGGCUCACUCCUUCUCAUUCUCUUCCCCGGCUCACUCCUGCUCAUUCUCUUCCCCGGCCUGCUCAUUCUCUUCUCCCCAGCUCACUCCUGCUCAUUCUCUUCCCCGGCUCAUUCCUGUUGA